AUUCAAGGCUCUUGGUUCGACCUCGCCGCUUAUUUCGUGCCGUUUCUGUGACAUGUCGUCGUUCGAGUGAGUUUCCGUCUUUCGAGGUACCGUUCAUUUUAAAUUAAUAGUAACAGUAACUUUGGGAACAAAAUAAGUUGAAUUAUACAUGAAUCAAAUGUUACUGUGGCGCCAGUUAAUCAGGAGACAGUGUGGAUUAUGCUUCUUAAUUAUGUGCAGUUGGAAUCACUAACUGCAUUGGAAGGCACUUAGACUAAUUAUCAUCCGGAAAUAAUGCUUACAAAUUCUGAAGUAUUACUUCUAGGUGACUCCAAACUGUAACAUCUCUAAACGAAUCUGCAUGUAGCAACCAAUCAGAUGCGUAAUUAAGAAUAAACGUCUUUUAAAAAUUAACGAGAUGUUAAAAGAUGGCUAAAUUGGAUAAUAUUCUUGCAUGUGUUCCAAGAAAAAGUCCCAAUUUCUCACGGCAGUCCGCAUAAUCAGCUACGAGUCCGCUCUUUCUGCACCAACAUCAGAUGGGGUAGAUAAGGAGCUACAAACUUUUGUUCAAACAAUACAGCAAAGAGCGGAAUUUCAAAGUCAUGUUAAUCAUUUGGCUUCUAUUUGUUGGGACAAAUGCGUCAGUGGAUACCCAUCAUCAAAAAUGGAUGCUAAGAAAGCCAACUGCAUAGAGAACUGUACCGAACGUUACCUUGAUGUCUCUAUGCUACUUCGUAAUAGAUUUCAGUCGAUGUUAGCUAAUUUACAACAUUAAUUUACUUCGCAUUUUUCCUUAAUUACAAUUGAAUUUGUGUACAUAAAACUCUAGGAAAUGUACCUGUUGUUCUCUGUGCUUGUGUAGUUUACGUGGACUGUUGUAAAUGCUUUAUUUUUCUACAUGUACAAUUUUGAAUAUAACUGGUGCUACAUGUAGUUCAUAAUUUUAGCUUUCAAUAAAACCUAGACUUAAUGGAAAA